AUGAGACAAUGAAAUUAGCUAAACAUGGUUUAUUUUAUGAGUUGUUGCAAACAUAACCUCACUCUUCCUAACGAAAUGUUGCGAAACAUCGGCUUAGUUUUUCGCGGAUUUGAGGUAAAAUUCAGCACAAAUGCCUCGCGAGUGUCAGUCCCACACGAAGACAUUGCGACCAAAGUGUUGAAGGUGGCAGUGAUAGGUGUCCCAAAUGUGGGCAAGAGCACUUUCAUCAACAACUUAAUGGACCGAAAGGUUUGCCCAGCGUCUAGUAAAGUCCACACGACACGUGCCAAAUCCCAGGCGAUUUUCACAGAAGGGGAUUCCCAAAUCGUCUUUCUGGACACUCCUGGCCUUGUCAGUUUCCAGGAAUACAAAAAAUUCAGUUUGGAGAAAUCAUUUUUAAAGGACAGCAAAUCGUCGUUACGCGAGGCCGACAUAAUUGGGGUCAUCCACGAUGCUAGUAAUAUCUGGACGCGUGAAAAACUCGACAUUAAAGUGAUUCGUUUACUCGAAGACAACAAAACCAAGCCCAGUUUUCUAGUUUUAAAUAAAGUCGACAUUAUCAAAUCCAAGCGAAAGCUGCUUGAUGUCACUCGCCAAUUGACGGAAAAUUGCAUCGAGGGGGCCCCCAUUCCGGGGGGCAAACCACUAAGGGACAAAGAAACGCGGGGGUGGCCCCACUUUAGCGACGUUUUUAUGGUCUCAGCCCUCACAGGAAGCGGUUUAGACGAAGUUAAAAACUAUUUAAUUCGCAAUGCAAAACCAGGCGAGUGGCCUUAUCCGGGGGAAAUCUGGUCGGAUAAGACCGCCGAAGAGAUCAUUGUUGACAGCGUCAAGGCGAAAUUACUGGAUUUUUUGCCACAGGAAAUCCCCUACACUCUCAAACCCGAAAUGGAGUUUUUCAAUAUUAACGACAAAGGGGUGAUUUCGGCCGUUGUCUUGGUGCACUGCCCCAGCAAACGCAUUGCGCAGCUUGUGGCAGGGGAAAGCGAGGGAAAAUUGCGCCAGAUCAAUGAAAGUCUCCAAGUUGAUUUACAAAGAACGUUUCAUAAUUAUGUGAGAAUUAAGGUCGUUCUGAGCGAUAAAUAGAAAAACAUUGAAAAAUA